CCCCGGCCUGGUGCGUGCUGCUGGCUCCCGGAGCCCCAGCCCCCAUGGCGCAGAAACCUCUCAGCACCGCUGCGGCCGAGCGCAUGAACCUCGUGGCCCAGGACGAGAUCUGGAAAUACCGCCUGAAGUCUGAAACUGAAGCACGACAAAACUGGGCCCAGAACUGGGGAUUUUUAACAACCCCUCUCAAGGAGCUGCUCGAGGGUGAAGAAGAACCCCCCUCCCCAAAGCCCAAAAUCGAGCUUCCCGAGCGGUUCCGCAUCCGGCCCGUGACCCCGGUGGAGAAAUACAUCAAGGUCCUUCCAUCCCCCCCAGUCCCGAAGACGACCCAGGGCUUCAUCGGCUGGAGAUCCGGGGUGCGGGGCCUGAACAAGUGUCUAGAGCAUGAUUAUGAGAUCAGAAGCUGCAAGGGGGCGUAUGCCAGAGAGCUAGGCUGGCCCAAACAAGGCAUCCACUGAGUCCAGACGGACGGCGGCCCCUGGGCAAGAGCAGGUCGACCACCAGGCACGCA